AUGUUUAUUCUUAUUACUUUGUUUCCUUCUUCUUUCCUUUAUUCUUUUUAUUUUUCUUUAUUUUACUUUUUACUCUGCGAUUUCUUUCCAUCUUUGUUUCAUUUUCUUUUGUUUUCUUUUUUUUUCUUCCGCCUCAUUACUUCCAAAUUCUUUCUUUUAGCCAUUUUGCUUAUUUUUUCUUUUUCUUUCGCUUCUUUGCUUUUUUUUUCUCUUUCGCUUCUUUGCUUACUUUUUUCUCUUUCGCUUCUUUGCUUUUUUUUCUCUUUCGCUUCUUUGCUUUUUUCUCUUUCGCUUCUUUGCUUUUUUUUCUCUUUCGCUUCUUUGCUUACUUUUUUCUCUUUCGCCUCUUUGCUUACUUUUUUCUCUUUCGCCUCUUUGCUUACUUUUUUCUCUUUCGCCUCUUUGCUUUUUUUUCUCUUUCGCCUCUUUGCUUACUUUUUUCUCUUUCGCCUCUUUGCUUUUUUCUUUUUCUCUUUCGCCUCUUUGCUUUUUUCUUUUUCUCUUUCGCCUCUUUGCUUUUUUCUUUUUCUCUUUCGCCUCUUUGCUUUUUUCUUUUUCUCUUUCGCCUCUUUGCUUUUUUCUUUUUCUCUUUCGCCUCUUUGCUUUUUUUUCUUUUUCUUUUCGCCUCUUUGCUUUUUUUUUCUCUUUCGCCUCUUUGCUUUUUUUUUUUUCUCUUUCGCCUCUUUGCUUUUUCUUUUUCUCUUUCGCCUCUUUGCUUUUUUUUCUUUCUCUUUCGCCUCUUUGCUUUUUUUUUCUUCUCUUUCGCCUCUUUGCUUUUUUCUUUUUCUCUUUCGCCUCUUUGCACUUUUAGGCACUCACAGAAUCAGUAAUGAUUCUUUUUUUUUUUCUUUUUCUUUCCCUCUUUUCUUUUUCUUUCCCUCUUUUCUUUUUCUUUCCCUCUUUUCUUUUUCUUCUGCUUCCUUUCCCCUUUUCCUUUUGCUUUCCCCUUUCUUUUCCCCUUUUCCUUUUUCUUUCCCCUUUUCCUUUUUCUUUCUGCUUCCUUUUCCUUUCCUUUUCCCCCCUUUUCUUUUCCCCUUCUUUCCCUUUUCCCCUUUAACUUUCCCCUUUCUUUUCCCCUUUAACUUUCCCCUUUCUUUUCCCCUUUUCUUUUCCUCUUUCCCCUUUUCUUUUCCUUUUUCUUUCCCUUUUUCCUUUUCGUCUCCUCUUUUCCUUUCCCCUUUUCCUUUCCCCUUUCCCUUUCCUCUUUUCCUUUCCCUUUCCCCUUUUCCUUUCCCUUUCCCCUUUUCCUUUUCCCUUUCCCCUUUUUUCUUCCCUUCCUCUUUCCCCUUUUUCCUUUUCCUCUUUCCCCUUUCCUCUUUCCUUUCCUUUUCCUUCCCUUUUCUUUCCCCUUUUCCUUUCCCCUUUUAUUUUUUCUUUCCCCUUUCCCUUUUUCCUUUUCCAUUUUCUUGCAUCUGUCUUUCUUUUUUCUUUUCCUUCUUUCUCCAUGUCAUGCCUUUUUCUCAUUUGACUUCUUUUCUCUCUCUCUCUCUCUCUCUCUCUCUCUCUCUCCAUUUUUUCCAUCUCUAUCAAAGCAGCAUGUCAGUUUUUCUUUUUUUGCUUGUUUUUCCUUUUUUUUAUUGCUUUUUUGUUUGUUUUUAUCUUCUUUCUAUUUCUCUUUUUCCUUUUUUCUUUUUCUCUUUUUCCUUUUUUCUUUCUUUUUUUCCACUUUUCUCUUUUUCUCUUCUCUUUUUCUUUUUUCCUCUUUUUCUUUUUUCCUCUUUUUCUCUUUUUCCUCUUUUUCUUUUUUCCUCUUUUUCUUUUUUCCUCUUUUUCUCUUUCCUCUUUUUCUCUUUUUCCUCUUUUUCUCUUUUUCCUCUUUUUCUCUUUUUCCUCUUUUUCUCUUUUUCCUCUUUUUCUCUUUUUCCUCUUCUCUUUCCCCUUUACCUCUUUUUUUUCUUCUUUUUCUCUUUUUCUUCUUUUUCUCUUUUUCUUCUUUUUCUUUUUCCCUUUUUUCAUCUUUUUCUUUUUUCCUUUUUCCUCUUUUUUCUUUUUCCCUUUUUCCUCUUUUUCUCUUUUCCUCUUCUUCUCUUUUUCUCUUUUUCCUCCUUUUUCUUCUCUUUUUCCUCCUUUUUCUUCUCUUUUCCUCCUUUUUCUUCUCUUUUCCUCCUUUUUCUUCUCUUUUUCCUCCUUUUUCUUCUCUUUUUCCUCCUUUUUCUUCUCUUUUUCCUUCUUUUUCUUCUUUUUUUCUCUUUUUCCUUCUUUUUCUUCUUUUUUUCUCUUUUUCCUUCUUUUUCUUCUUUUUUUCUCUUUUUCCUUCUUUUUCUUCUUUUUUUCUCUUUUUCCUUCUUUUUCUUCUUUUUUUCUCUUUUUCCUUUUUUUCUUUUUCCUUUUUCUUUUUUUCUCUUUUUCCUCUUUCCUUUUUUUCCACUUUUCUCUUUUUUCUCUCUCUUUUUUUCUCUUUCUCUCUUUUUUUUUUUUUAA